AUCUAAAUAUCACCUUGUUCCUCUACUCUACCCAUAUUCUUAUAUUCAUAUUCCUUUAUUCACCAAUAGCUGCUUCCAUUGUACUGGUUAAGACCUUAAUAUCUGCUAAGGCUCUCUUGAGCAACAGUAACAGUAACAAUGGGGUUGAAAGAACUCUUUGUUUGGUGCAUGUUUUUGGGGUUGUUUGGGUUAACAGUGGGAGGAAGAGUGAUAAACUACAAGUUUGAUGUGGAAUAUAUGAUUAAGACACCUGAUUGCUUGGAACACGUUGUGAUGGGAAUCAAUGGUCAGUUUCCAGGCCCAACAAUCAGAGCUCAAGUUGGUGACACCCUUGACAUUGCCCUUACCAACAAGCUUUUCACUGAGGGAACUGUUAUUCACUGGCAUGGAAUUAGACAGUAUGGAACUCCUUGGGCAGAUGGAACUGCUGCCAUCUCUCAGUGUGCUAUAAAUCCAGGAGAAACUUUUAAUUACACGUUCAAAGUUGACAAGGCUGGUACAUAUUUCUAUCAUGGACACUAUGGUAUGCAAAGAGCAGCAGGGUUGUAUGGGUCAUUGAUAGUAGAUUUACCUAGAGGACAAAGAGAGCCAUUUCACUAUGAUGGUGAGUUCAACCUCCUCCUUAGUGAUCUGUGGCACAAAAGUUCACAUGAACAAGAGGUUGGCCUCUCUUCAAUGCCAUUCAAAUGGAUUGGUGAAGCUCAGACACUGCUAAUCAAUGGAAGAGGACAAUUCAAUUGUUCCCUUGCUACUAAAUUCAUCAACACCACCCUACCCCAGUGCAAUUUUAAAGGUGGUGAAGAAUGUGCUCCUCAAAUUCUUCAUGUGGAGCCAAACAAGACCUACAGGAUCAGAAUUGCUAGUACCACUUCUUUAGCAUCCCUCAACUUAGCCAUUUCGAAUCACAAGCUUCUUGUGGUGGAGGCUGAUGGAAACUAUGUGGAGCCAUUCAUGGUUGAUGACAUGGAUAUUUAUUCUGGUGAGAGCUAUUCAGUGCUCCUUCGCACGGAUCAAGACCCAAGCAAAAAUUAUUGGCUUUCAAUUGGAGUUAGAGGAAGAGCGCCCAACACCCCACAAGGCUUAACCAUUCUAAAUUACAAGACCAUUUCAGCCUCAGUUUUUCCCACUUCACCACCACCCAUCACACCCCUAUGGAAUGAUUUUGAGCGUAGCAAAGCAUUCACCAAAAAGAUCAUUGCCAAGAGGGGAACCCCACAACCUCCAAGACUCUCUAACCGUAAGAUUUUGCUCCUCAACACACAAAACCAAGUCAAUGGGUUCACCAAGUGGGCCAUUAACAAUGUUUCCUUGUCAUUGCCAGCAACACCUUAUUUGGGCUCCAUCAAGUUUAAAAUAAAUAAUGCCUUUGACCCAAAGCCCCCACCAGAAAACUUCCCACAAGAAUAUGACAUCUUUAACCCACCAGUGAAUGGUAAUGCAACUAUUGGUGAUGGGGUGUACAUGUUUCAACUUAAUGAUGUUGUUGAUGUGAUACUACAAAAUGCAAACCAAUUAAAAGGGAAUGGUAGUGAGAUUCACCCUUGGCAUUUGCAUGGGCAUGACUUUUGGGUUUUGGGGUAUGGAGAAGGAAAAUUCAAGCCUGAGGAUGAGAAGAAAUUCAAUUUGAUUCAUGCACCCUUAAGGAACACUGCAGUCAUAUUUCCAUAUGGUUGGACUGCCCUAAGGUUUAGGGCAGAUAAUCCUGGAGUUUGGGCCUUCCAUUGCCACAUUGAACCCCAUUUGCAUAUGGGUAUGGGUGUGAUCUUUGCUGAGGGUGUUCACAAAGUGAGGAGAAUUCCUAGAAGUGCUCUAAAUUGUGGGCUUAUACCGAGUACGCCUAUAAACAAUGGACACAACUAAAACUAGCCCCUACCUAUUCUUAAUUUGGUUAAGAGUAGCUUUCAUUGUUGUAUUUAAUGUUGUGAGUUAUGUUUUGUAUUGUUUUCCCCAGCGAAUUAAGCCUAUUGUGUUGAGUCCCUCUUAUAAGGUAGUCCUCUCUUGUAGAAUUGAGUUUUGUUAUCUCGUUUUUCUUGAGGGCUAAAGAAAGCUAUGUAUUUUUUAUUGUAAUUUUAUGUAAGUUAUGAAUUUGUGAAAAGAAAUAUGUGGAAUAGAAUUGAGUCAUUCUAUCGGUAGGAUUGUGUUACAAUUUUCUACUUUUUCUUAAGGUUCAUAGUAAGCCUUCUUAAGAGAAAGAAGAGAGGGGACAAAGAAAUGGGAAAGGAGAUGAUUUUAUUGUUUCCAUAACUAGAUUUAGCAAAUGGACUAUUUAAUCCAUUUGGACUAACUUGUUAUUACGAGAGAUAGAACUUUAGU